GACUCUAUAAAACUCAAGAGGAGAGAGUCGUUUGAUCGGGAGAAAGGAAUCGGCAGCGAAGGUUGAUCUUGGCUCGGUUCGGUUUCGCCGGGGUUAGAGGACUCGAUCGGGAGGGUUUUGAGGACUCAAUCGGGCGAGUUGAUCUGCAUCCACACAGGCAGUGAAGCACAAACACCAUAAUGGAAUUAGCUGACCGGGCAGUUGGAUUUAUGUUAUCUUUUAUCAGCUUAACCAUCUUUACCUACUAUACACUUUGGAUCGUUAUCUUGCCAUUUGUAGACCAUGAUCACUUCAUCCAUCAGUAUUUCCUGCCCCAAGAAUACGCCAUACUCAUACCUGUAUUUGCUGGUGUGCUGCUGCUAUGCUUUUUAUGCAUAUUUGUCGGGUUUGUGAUGCUCAAAUCAAAAAAGAAAAAGGCCUGAUUCUCUUAAAUUUCAUGUUAUUUUCUUUUCCCAUUUUUAUUUCCAGAUAUAAAGAUGUUCUAGAUAUAUAAACAAAAUUAUUCACCUUUUGUUGUUAAGAAUACCAAUUUAGUUUUGCAGUGAAGAAAUAGCUUUGAAGGUUCUUGCUUUUG